CUUCCUCAAAAUCGCCUCGAAAAAAAAAUAUUAAAUAUGGACGGGCUUCUCACGGAAGUUAAGACUGUCACGCGUGAUUCCCGGCCUGCUUUGGAUACGGCAGCUAGUUCUCGUGAUCAUGGUCUUGAGGGCCGUCGUGAGUUGGAUACAGACACAACAUCGUCAGGCCGUAUCUUGGGCAUGCUCAAGUCUAAACCUGAUCGCAGCCAGCUUUUUGAUACACUCACUAUACUUGAUCCAUCAAAUAAGGAAAUAUCACCAAAAGACUUUGAUAUCCAAGUCCCAGGGCCAACCACAGCCCAAGUACUUCAAAUUUUAGUCAGCACCACGAUCCCCGAUCACUGGAACUCUCUGAAUGUGAAAUCUGAAGGGCACAAGUCCAAGGAUACAAAGCUACGUGCUGCUUUGCUAAGAUGCCUUAGCAGUGUUGCUGGUCUCAGCUCCUUGGUGGCACAACUCCGUUCGCUGAUAGCUGCCUCCCGCUCAUCAUCUCAGCAAGCAAAAGGAUCCGGUAGUCUUCUUCUCGUUAAAGACACUCUAGCAGUUCUUUCUGCUUUGUUGCAACCUAAAAACUUUUUAUUCCGUUUGUAUACGGAUAUUUCAGCAACUUACAAUAAUGAAACUCAAAAACAAAUCACCUGGAAAGAACUUGUUGCCCUCGUCGCUGCCAGCAGAGUUCUGCUAACUGCAGCGGAGGCCUUUACACUAAUUAAAGACCUAAAUGAUUUGAAUACGAUCUCCUGGGUCGGAGAAGGACAUCAUUAUGCAUCCUGGCUAGGGGGGAAUAUCUGCCAUAUGGCUUCGAAGAUUGAUCUAAAUGACCAGGGAGGCUGGAAAGCAGUGGCGUCUCUUACAGGGCGGUCAUUGAGCCUCGGGUAUACAGAUCACUUAGUGAGGGAAAUUUAUUUGGGACUCUUGAUCGACCAGAGUUUUCCAAAGCAGUUUGGUUUGCUUUUGGAUAGCCUUCGAACAACGGAACAAAUCACUAUACUCGAAGCGGUCUUUCGUGAUGUUGAAAAGAAACACUUCUCAGAAGAAAUUUAUGGUGGCAUGAUAGAAGCGCAGACUUCUAACCCGAAAGUCAACGGCAUCGCAGCUCUAUGGCCCGUUGUAAUUGGCAAUCGAACGAAUAUAGAAAUCCAAAUUGUGGAUUGGCUUUGUAAAGGUCAAGGGGGCUCGAUACAAACGGCUGGAUUGCGUCGAUCUUUAUUGGUGCAUUUUGCAGAUAACCAAGAUGCGUUAAGGUCACUACUAACAAGAAGUCUUGAACAAUCUGCUGAUAAGUUCUACAUAAAACAUGCACCAUCUAGGAGUCAAGAAGCCAAUACACAAGUCCUUCUCCUAGCUGCGGGCUAUCUCAACCGACUGAAUUCUGCAAUUUUAAAGGAGGUUGGACGUUCUAGUAUCUUUCUCAAUGUUGUUUCGAAUCGACUUGCUGCCUCUUCUACCAGAGCACGCUUCCUCGGCAUGAUAAUUGGCACAGCAAUUUCACAAUUAAUCGAAGAGCCCGGGAAGGGAAUGAAAUUCGAUCUUGAAGAAAUGGAAAGUGAAGAAGCACAUUGGUAUCUCAAUCUGCUCAGAACGGAAGAUGAACCUGGAUCUCUGGGCCUGCUGAAGGAACAGAAAGAUUCGGCACCAAAAGCAAACAGGCCAACUAAAAAGUCGUCUUCGACUCCUGCUCAAUCACAAACAACGAAGAUUGUUGCAAUAGAGGAGAUAGAGGACUCAGCGAAUGAAGAUGAAGAGGAAGAGGAGGAUGAUGAUUUGAUCCCGUACGAAAAACCAGAUGACGAUCCAUCCGAUUCUGACGAGGACCCGACUUUAAUCCAGCGGAAUAAACCAACUGUGCCUGUCUACAUACGCGAUCUUAUAACUUGUCUGCGAGAUACCGAAAAUAUAGAACGCUACCAUUUAGGUAUCGAAAAUGCACCUUCGUUGAUUCGGCGAAAGACUGGGUUCGGAACUGAACUCACUGAGAACAUUGAAGAACUGGCCCUUGUUAUAACCGGAUUACAAGAUCAGAACAAGCUUGCAAAAUUCCACGAAUAUCGACUGCAAAGUAUGAUCGCACUGAUAGUGGCCCAGCCGGUGAAAAUGGGUCGCUGGUUCACAGCAAUGUUUUUCGACGGAGACAUAUCUCAAAUCCAACGGUCUGCAGUUCUCACAGCCCUGGGCCUUAGUGCUCGUGAAUUGGCAGGGAAUGGCGAAGAAGACGCGCGGGUGAUGGGCCUUCCAGAAAUUUCCAACGCUUCAUUCCCUUCCAAAAAGCUGUCGGCCAAUUUGGAAGCACUCUAUGCAACUGACGAGUCUCCCGUUGCGAGUCUAACUAGAAAGCUGGCUCAAACGUCCCUUCAGCCACUGGCAGCUAAUGCUGCAGAUGCUGUCUCUGGUCCGAAUGCACUCAAAGUACGGACUUUCUCCUCUCGUAUGGAAGUUGAGAAGAAACGACAACAGCGAGAAGCUCAACGCCAGAAAUCGACAGUCAAAGAUAUCCAGAAAGUCCUAUCGGAAGGCUUCUUCUAUCCACUGAAGGGCCGUUUUGAAAUGAUGAUGAUGCAGUUCUCGUCGACCACUCCAUCUUCAUACAAUCCAUUUUUAAUACCUCAUCUAUUUUGCCUUUUCCUUCAAACACUCACCCUCAUUCUCUCCACAAUGGGCCCUCACAACCCUUUCCUCCCGACAUUAACUCAAGAAACACUUUCGCUCCUAAUUUCUCUACAUGGACGCCCAGUCGCAGACGAGCCGACCAUCCUCUGUGCCCUUCUGUCGCUUUUCCUUGCAGUCGUCGACCUGAAUGUUGCUUCAGGUACCACAGGCGAAGAGCGACUUGUCACUGAUUUUGCGACACCGGUGAUCGAACUGCGCGAAUGGGCUGGUGAGGUAUUCGAUAGAAUCCCACCGGCGCAGGGAGAAAAUGAUCCCCAAGGGCAAGUGCGAACUCUAGCUGCAGGAGUAAUGGUGAAGCUGGGUGAGGUGAUGGAAAGAUAUCAGGGACGGCUUAUGGGUGUCAAUGUAGGCUUUGGAUAUUGAUUUCCUUGACUGGCAGUCUAUCCCGGUCCGUAAAUAGCUUACUAUAGUUCUAUACAUAUAUUGACCCUUGGUUCGAGCCU